AAAAGCAGAGGAAAAAAGAAAAAAAGUAAAAAAAUGAAAAUCUAAAAUAGGAAGUACAAUGCGCUUCUUUGAGGAUUUCUCAAGAAAAGUAAAGUUCUUUCUGCUUCCGAUCCUUUCUUCUUCCUCUUUGUGGAUCGUUUUGUUUUCCAUUAUUUUCUUUCUGUUAUGCUAUGGAUCGCCUCCUUGUCUCUGUUUCAAUUCUCAUACUUCUCAACCUCUUUUUCUUCUCAGAAGAAGUUGACUCAGCGUCGUUCAAGUUAGUAAACAGGUGUCGGAGCACCAUAUGGCCGGGUUUCCUCUCCGGAGCUCAGACGGCGCAGCUCCCAAACUCUGGCUUCGUUCUCUAUAGCGGCAAGUCAAAGACCAUUCACAUACCCAAAAAUUGGUCGGGUCGGAUAUGGGCUCGGACCCACUGCUCCAUAGACGCCCAGGGAAAAUUCUCUUGUCUGACCGCUGACUGCGGUUCGGGUAAGAUAGAGUGUGCCGGAGGUGGAGCCAAGCCGCCUGCCACGCUGGCCGAGUUCACGUUAAAUGGCGCCGAUGGCUUGGAUUUCUAUGACGUAAGCUUGGUGGACGGGUACAACCUUCCGAUGCUUAUAGUCCCAAAAGGAGGUACAAGAGGGGGAUGCGGGGCAACGGGUUGUUUGGUGGACCUGAACGGUGCGUGUCCGGCGGAGCUGAAGGUGGCGCGUGAGCACGGGCGGGGGAGUGUGGCGUGCAGGAGCGCGUGCGAGGCAUUCGGCCAACCGCAGUUUUGCUGCAGUGGGGCGUACGCUACGCCGGACACGUGUGCACCGUCGGUAUACUCUCUGUAUUUUAAACACGCUUGCCCACGUUCGUAUAGCUACGCGUACGAUGACAAGACCAGCACUUACACGUGCGCCUCCGCCGACUAUUUGAUUAUAUUUUGCCCUUUGCCUUAUACCAGCCAAAAAGUGUUGGGAGCAAGAAAAGAUGGGAUAGGGCUACCCCUGGUGAACAAGACCAUGAUGUAUUUAAGAAGCCAACAUUCAAGCCGUUCUUCAUCUUCAGGUCUGGCUCAACCGCAAUUUAUUGCUGUCUCUAGUCUAGCAUCAUUUUUGCUGGCCUACAAACUUUAUGACUAACAUUUGGCCUGGACACUUCCAGGAAGAUAAUAUUACAGUUCAAGCUCAAGAGUUGGUGCCAUCUACAUCUUUGGUACUUACUGUCUGCUUCUCCCCAACUCCUUUGCCUUUGGUUUUCAGUGAAAGGGUUUGUUUGAUAACACGAUGGCAUCAGCUGGUGGCUUCAGGAUUGCCACAAUUAAUCUUGUACAUAAUUUCCUGUCGGUUUCUUCUUUUAGUUCAUAUACAUAGAAGUCCCAAAUUCAAAAUCUUGUGAUUUCUGCCACAAAAGAUUUGUAAUUAUGUGAAGGAAAACUCUGAAAUACACAUAUUGAGAAACUAAAAAGCUUUAUAUGGUGAAAUCCUUCAGGCAAAAUUUUCAUAUUUUUCCAGGAGGAUUGAAUAUAUUGUGCAUACGUUAUUUAGAAAUAUAAGAGUUCUUUUAUAAUAUUCUAUUUUUUCAA